AUGGCGAGACUCACCGACGAUGCCGACUACGAUGCCGGCGAAAUGUCUGGGAAUGUACCACGUCCACGGUCCUACUCUGAAAAUCAUGAUGCAUACAAUGGACUCCUGACUAGGUGCGUUCCUCUACAUCUUACUACCAAUACUACUAGUAAUGUUUAA